AUGUUACAAGUCGCUAAUCAAGAGGUGUGGCCAGGUUGUGAAAGCCAUUCAGACUCGCUUGUUGCAAGGAUGUUGAACAUCAAGGCAGAACAUCAUUUGUCAGAAAGGUGUUUUGAUGACAUUUGUCAACUUAUGAAAGAGGUGUUACCGGAUGAAAAUUUAAUGACUGAAAACUUUUACAGUACGAAGAAGUUGGUUCAAGCAUUGGGCCUACCUGUUGAGAAGAUUCAUUGUUGUACUAAUGGAUGUAUGUUAUAUUGGGCUGAAGAUAGUGAGUUAACGAAUUGCAAAUUUUGUGACCAUCCACGGUUCAAACGACAUAGUCGAGGCUCUUCUAAUUUUCAAACCAAUGUGCCACAUAAGAAAAUGUACUACUUUCCUCUCACACAAAGAUUGCAAAGAUUAUAUGCUUCGAAUGCAACAGCAAAAGAAAUGAGAUGGCAUGCUGAGCAUGACCAUGAAGAUGGGGUAAUGUGUCAUUGUUCAGAUGCAACUACAUGGAAGCAUUUUAAUAAAACACAUCCUUCAUUUGUCUUUGAGGUUAGGAAUGUAAGGCUAGGACUGCAGAUGGGUUUCAACCAUUCGGUCACCGACAACAAUAUUCAUCUUGGCUAUCAUUGUCACUCCUUACAAUUUGCCUCCUUGGUUAUGGAUGAAGGAAGAGUAUAUGUUCCUAACGGUAAUAGUUCCUGGUCCGAGAAACCCAAAAGACAAAUUGGAUGUGUACUUACCCCUUAUUGCAGAGUUGAAACAGUUGUGGAAGUUGGAGUUGAGACAUAUGAUGCAUCAAAGAAGAAUAAUUUUAAUAUGAGGGUUGCGUUAUUAUGGACAAUAAGUGAUUUCCCUGCAUAUUCAAUGUUAUCCGGUUGGAGCACAGCAGGCAAGACUGCUUGUCCAUAUUGUAGGGACGAUUCAGAUGCAUUCACAUUGACAAAGGGUGGUAAACAAUCAUGGUUUGACAAUCACCGUAAAUUCUUACCAGCUAACCAUCCUUUCAGACGGAAUAAAAUUGCUUUUAGAAAGAACAAGACAGUUACAAAAAGUGCUCCCCCCAUUCUAUCUGGUGAGGAAAUUUUAGAACAAAUAGAACAUCUAGGAUUAAUGUGUGUCACAGAUAUGGGUGCAGAUGAGAAUAACAGUUGCAAAGCAAAAAACACGGGUUGGAAGAGACGGAGCAUUUUUUGGGAUUUGCCAUAUUGGAGUACUAACAUGCUUCGCCACAACCUGGAUGUCAUGCAUAUAGAGAAAAAUGUAUUUGAAAAUAUUUUUAAUACUGUGAUGAAUGUUGAAGGGAAGACGAAGGACAAUGUAAAAUCAAGGGAAGAUUUGAAAGAGUUUUGUCACAGACCUGAGUUAGAGAGGGAUAUGGCAACAGGAAAGUAUCCUAAAGCAUGUUACACAUUAGACAAACAAUCAAAAGCAGUGUUGUGUGAAUGGCUUAAAAAUCUUAGAUUCCCAGAUGGUUAUGUGUCAAACAUGGGUAGGUGUAUAGACAUGCGAAAACUAAAGUUGUUUGGGAUGAAAAGCCAUGAUUGUCAUGUCUUUAUGCAAAGAUUACUCCCAAUAGCAUUUAGGGAAUUGCUUCCAAAAAUGUGUGGCAAGCAUUGA